AUGGCGACCUCAAACGGCAAGACUGCCUUCUUCACUAUGGAGGACGCUAAGGCGUCUUUCAACCUCUUCUGCUGCGUCUGCGGUAUCGGAUCGCUGGCCAUGCCCUCCAACUACGCCCGUGCCGGUCCGUUUUACGCCUCUAUCGCCUUGGCCUUCAUGAUCUUCGCCAACACGUACGCCACGCUCAAGCUGUCCAAGGUGAUGCUGGUGGCGCCGUCGUCGGUACGCACGUACGGUGACCUGGGCGAGUGGGCUCUGGGCAAGUGGGGCCGCUUCUUCACGGUGGUCUCUCAGAUGGGUGUGUGUCUGCUGGUGCCUCAGACUGUGUGGAUCAUCUUCAUGGCUCUCAUGGUCAUCCCGGUGUGUCUCAUCCCGACACUGAAGGAGAGUGCCGGCAUGGCCUUUGCCGGUUGCAUGGGUACGAUCGUCGCCGACACCAUCGCCGUUGUGGUGCUGCAGUAUAACAUGCGUGGCCACGGUUCGAUCCCGUCGCCCGACAUCACGGUUCACCAGGUUCUGACCUGCUUCGGUAACCUUGCUCUGGCGUACGGUGCUGCUAUUGUGGUGCCCGACCUGCAGCGCGAACACUCGCAGCCUCAGCGCAUGCCGCGGGUGGUUGUGAUCACCAUCCUCUUCAUCUCGGGCUUCUUCGUGGCGAUUGCUCUUGCUGGCUACACUGCCGGCGGUUGCCAGCUCUCCGGUAACAUUCUGUACUCGAUCGUGAGCACGUCGGACCCUCUGGGUCUGGCCCCGUUGGGCUUCACCGCCGACCGUGGUGCCGUUGUGAUGGCGUACCUGUUUAUGCAGAUGCACAUUUCCAUCGCUUUCUCGACGCUCAUGAUGCCUCCGUUCUUCAUGGCCGAGCGCCUGGUUCUGGGCAUGCACCAGAGUCCCGAGAUCGUGCGCUUCAACGCCGAGCACGACCAGGCCAACGUGGACCUCGACAUGGAGAUUCAGGAGAAGCGUUCGUACAUGGAGAGCUCGACUCCCGUGGACCCGGCGAACCGUCAGGUGUCUGCGUCGAGUCUGGUCGAGAAGACGGAGGGUCGGAUGUCGCACCUGCGUGUGGCUCUGGAGUUCGGUGAGCAUGAGGAGGAAGACGAGUCCUACCGUAAGAACCCGCUGCACUACAUCGCUCUUCGCAUUUGUAUUAUCGCGAUCCUGGUGGUGGUUGCCGUGCUGGCGCGUAAGCGUUUCCUCGACCUGCAGGACUUUACGGGUGCCACUGCCCACACGACGAGCUGCUUGUUGUUGCCGUUGAUUAUCUACAUGCGCGUGUCUUGGAACCGAAUGUCGAUCUUCGACAAGGGCGCUUCGAUUAUUUGCAUUGUGGUGUGCGCCUUCACGGGUUGCUACGUGAUGAUCCACGCCGGUGAGCACCUGUUCGCCCCGUCGGAUGACGACACUCUGUUCCCGUACUGCGAGGAAGAGUUUAUGGAUGCGCCGUACUACAUUCGCAACAACAGCACCAACUAA